AUGCACAACGGUCUCAAAGGAGCCACUUGUGACUUCGUAGACGAGCUUGAUGAGACAGACUUGGUGGACAAAGACAAACAGUUCGCAAAGCUCAGUGAACGUUUUCCUUGGAGAAAGAAAGAACCUGAGUUAAUUGAAAACGUUUUGCAACGCAUCACUGCGUUAAAACGAACGAAUCGGAUUCUGGAUGACUAUAUCGAAGAAGCUCAGAAACUCACAAAUGUGGUAGACGGAGAUAAAGGUCUAGCGGUAAUGCUAGCCACUCAUUGGGUCAAAGGAUUUAGUCAAGCAAAAACCCGCGACCACUUGCUGAGUGACAACGCUCGUCGCAGAGCUAAAGGCAAAACCACUUCCGUUGAUCAACUCACGAAAUACGCCCGAGGCUUCGAAUUUGAGGGAGCUCUUCCACUCGAAAGAAGAGAGCCUCUCGACCCCAUGGAGAAAGUUGCUCACCAACUUUCUGCCAUCGCCCAAAGUAUGGCGAGUCAAGCAGUUCAGAAGCAAGCUCCGUGA